CUACCCUGAACAUGCACAAUAGUAUAAUUGCAUAACAGCUUGCUAUGCAUACGCUUGCUCCGGAUUAGCGUCCAGCAGAUCGUUCCUGACAACAGCUUGCUAGGUUUCUAACUUACUGAAGUAAGCUUGUACACGGGCCCGUUAGGGCAUCUUUCUUAAAGUAGCUUGCAUCCAGAAGCAGCCGGGGCCAAAAUGAGCGGAGCUACCACGAGCCCGCUCGCCAAGUACAAGCUGGUUUUCUUGGGGGACCAGUCGGUCGGAAAGACCUCGAUUAUUACCCGGUUUAUGUAUGACAAGUUUGACAACACCUACCAGGCUACUAUUGGGAUAGACUUUCUUUCCAAGACCAUGUACCUCGAGGACAGGACCGUGCGACUCCAGCUAUGGGAUACGGCUGGGCAAGAGCGAUUCCGCAGCUUGAUACCCAGCUACAUCCGCGACUCGUCGGUUGCGGUGGUCGUCUAUGACAUCACAAACCGGCAGUCCUUCCUCAACACAGCCCGAUGGAUUCAGGAGGUCCGCACAGAACGGGGGAACGACGUCAUCAUCUUCCUUGUGGGCAACAAGACGGACCUGAUUGACAAGAGGCAAGUGUCGAUUGAGGAGGGGGAUGCGAAGGCGCGGGAGCUGAACGUGAACUUCAUUGAGACCAGCGCCAAGGCUGGCCUCAACAUCAAGGCCCUAUUCCGCAAGAUCGCGGCUGCCCUUCCGGGCAUGGAGUCCGUAACGCAAAACAAGCAGGAGCAGAUGGAGGAGGUUAAGCUAACCACCUCCACUGUCACGCUAGAUGCCAAACCGCAGCCGCCGCCGUCUACAUGCUCAUGCUAACGCUGGUCCUGGAGGGGGCCUUUUCGCAGCGGUGUUCUGCCUCAGCAAGCUUGUCGGUGUGCAUUGGCGUUGGUCCUUUGAUAACCAGAGCGGGUUACGGCAUGCGACGCCAUGCAGCUUGGCCUUCCAACGAUGCCUCUUAAGGCCACAGGACAAAGCCACGGCAUGCAAUGUGGGGCGCCUUCACUGCCAAAUGACCGUCCUGGGCUUGGUGCAGAACGCUGUGCGGUUAAGGGGUGCUGGUAUAGAGAGCUUCUUAUGACGUUAUGAGGCUGGCAGCAGAGUGAUAGCAUAGGGCCCCUGAGAGGGCGCGAGGGUUGGCAGCGUCAACGCCCACACAUUAUACUUGUCCGUUGCAAGGUCAUGCAUGACUGGGGAUGACUACGGGGUAUGGGACUUCAAAAGUAAUUUGACUGGGGCCGUUUAUAUCCCUUUUGGGGCCAAGAAUGCGUGAACCUGGUAUGAUAUGUGUCUCCAGUCAGCUGCCGUGUGGAUGUUGGGUGAGGGAUUUGCGGGCUCAUAGACGUAGUUUUGGUUUACUGCAUUUGCAUGGGUGAGGCUUGUGUGCGUCUUGAUGUGCGCGUAUUGCAUGAGUACAAACCAGUAUACUGCGACAUGAGGAGAGAGACGUGUUUGGAGGUUGCAUUUGGUAGCAAAGUACCUCUUCUCCAAGGAGACUGUCCCGGCAGCAUCUUCGUGCUGUGCUGGGAGCAAGAGGGCGAAUCUGGUGCGCGGGGGUAUCCCUUCCCGCUCCAGGCUUCUGGUGGCGUAGCCCAAACGGGUUGGGCGUCGUACGGUUUACGUACGUUAAGUGCAGUUUUGGUGCCAGCAGGGCCGCCAUGUUCGCCAAGAGGUGUCGUGAAGGGCAUGGUCCGGCGGUUGCGUUCCUUUGGC